AUGCUCUCCUCUACCGGGACUGCAGCAUUCUUUAGCUGCUUGUUCUUCGGAGCUGUCACAGCUCGUCACGCACAAUGUACCGAUAAAUUUUUCAAUUCUAUCCUUCCUGAGGGUGCAUCCAUCAUUGAAGCUGCCAAAAUCCCCGCCGGGGGUAGUUUUGGCCAAGGCACCGCCGAUACCGCAUACCCUACCAAUGCCACCAAUUUACCCGCCUCGUGUGGGAUCAUUGUCAACGUGACAUCUUCGCCAGUAUCUGCCUAUACAUUUGGUUUGAUUCUGCCCGAUAAUUGGAACCAACGGUUUAUGGCUGUGGGGAACGGUGGUUUCGCGGGUGGAAUCAAUUGGGCCUCCAUGAACAGUCUUAUCCCAUACGGAUUUGCGACCAUGUCCACCAACACCGGCCACAACUCCACAGUUCAGAACAUGAACUGGGCCUUGAAUAAUGAUGAAUCUAAGAAGGACUGGGGCUACCGUGCAUUGCAUGGCUCCACCGUGAUUGCCAAGCAAGUCACGGCCGCUUACUACAAGGACAAAAUCUCAUACUCCUACUACGCUGGCUGCUCGACAGGCGGCAAGCAGGGAAUGAAGGAAGUCCAGCGCUUCCCAGAAGAUUUUGAUGGUGUUGUCGUCGGGCCUCCUGCUUGGUGGUCUACGCGCCAACAGGGCUGGCAAAUGCGAAUCAGUAUGAUCAAUCUACCGGAGAAUGCCACACACUACAUCCACCCAGAUCUGUUCCCAAUCAUUGGUCAAGAGGUCAUGCGACAAUGCGAUAAAUCCGACGGCAUCGAAGAUGGGAUUAUCACGGACCCCAAGAGUUGCAACUUUUACGCAGAUGCUCUGCUCUGUACGUCCAGCAGCAACCGAUCCGCGUGUCUUACUGCGCCCCAGAUCCGCACUCUGGAAGCUCUAUACAGACCUCUUGCCGACGUGAAUGACACAUGGAUCUAUCCGAACUUCGGUCUCGGAUCCGAGGACCAAAUGAGCAGCUCCUUUGGAAGCGUCGGAACAAAUGCCCCCAGCCUUUUCGGUACAGAAUACUUCGCCAACUACGUCCUAAACGACGCAAACUGGGACUGGCGCAACUUCGACUAUAGCAUUAUUGAGCUUGCCGAUGCUCUGAAUCCUGGCGAUACCAACGCAGACAACUUUGACCUGUCUGAGUUUCGUGCCCGCGGUGGUAAAUUGCUUCAUUAUCACGGUCUUGCAGAUGGUCUCAUCCCUCCUGGAGCAAGUGAAUACCUCUAUCAACAAUACCUCUUCACGAUGACGGAGAAGAAUCUUCCUUUGAAUGAUUUUUACCGAUUCUUCUUGAUUCCCGGUAUGCAGCAUUGUUCUGGAUCGGUCAAUGAUGCCCCUUGGUACAUUGGUGGUUUCCAGAGCCUGAAUGAUACAGUGGGAGUUCCUGGCUACCAGGACCGAGAGCAUGAUGUUGUUCGCGCGCUGAUGGACUGGACCGAGAACGGUGUUCCUGUUGACAAGAUUGUUGCGACAAAAUUUAAGGACGAUGACCCGUCCGAAGGCGUGGUGCGACAACGACCCCUUUGCCCAUAUCCAAAGAAGGCUGUUUAUAAAGGCAAGGGGGAUCUGGAUGAUUCAACCAGCUGGGACUGUCAGAUGUAA